GCACAGACACGGUCGCUUUCGUCCGCUGCUCUCGCUCUCGUUGGAGGCCGCAGAACUCGGUUGGAAGCACUUUCCCCCGACGACCGCGUCUUCGGCGCCGGCCCAGGCUCGAGCGUGUUGGUUUUUCCUCCUGUGAACAACUACCGCCGGUUUCUCAUACAUAAGGUUUGCGAGGAGUCAGCUAAGGAGUUACAGACAUUUUCCAUUGGACAAGGUCAUGGCAGGAGAACCGUGGUGUGUUUCAAGGAACUUCUUAUAAGGGAGCCUGAAAGCCAACCUGUGGGGUAUGCAAGCUUCGAGCAGGCCAUGGGAGUCGACCGUCACCUGGUGGCCCCGGUGGACUGCCCCACCCCCGCAAAGCUUCUUCCCGCCCGGGAAGGCUGUGUCAAGAAAGCCAAGUCGCUGCCCACCAUCGGCAUAUACCGGCCGCCCGCAGCACGCAGGCUAGAGGCGCCCCCCGGAGACCACACAGCGGCUGCCGGGGAAGAGGUCACGCCCACCGCGCCCGCUAAAAGUGAGAAACCCAGGAGUACGCGGCGCCGGCCAGAUAUUCAAGUGUACGUUCCGCGUGCCAAGCGAGCGUUGAUCUGUGACUUGCCAAGCCAGAAUGCCGACUCUGGUGGCCGGAGUCCGGCGCGCCUCGAGAGGCGGUCCUCCUCGUCGUCGCAGAAGCAGGGCUCGGACUCCGAUGUGCCGUGCUCCCGCACGGAGCAGCUGGCGGCAAGGCCGCCGGAAGACGAAGACAAACUCUCGUGCAACGAAGUCAGCAACAAAGAGACGGGGAGGAGCCGGAAGCUGCAGAGGCGGCCUCCCAGUGUGAGAAAACUGGUUCGUGGCGAUGAGCCGUCGGCUAGCGACGAAAAACUUUCAAAUGGCUCCAGCAGUUAUAAUUUGAUGUUGGAAGAUGGUGCUCGCCUUGGAAUUCCGGAAGAUGCCUUGCUACGGGACAUUGUACAGGACACUGACUGUCAAAAACCAGUUGAGAAAAAUGAUGUUCCAUUACCCGUAAACUCUGUGACGUGUGAUCCUCUGAGAGGUGAAACGAGUCUUGAAGACGACCGAGGCGAAAACAGCCCUGCAAGUUUAAAGAAUGGCUUUGAAAUUACUGAUGUGCCAAGCCCAGCCAGACCUUCCAGCAAGGAAAGAAAUGAGACGAUGAAGCAGUGUAACCGGGAAGUUGAACAGGAACUUAAUUCGGACGAUUUGCAGUCGUCCACCAGAGUGACUCAGCAGACGGAACUUCGAAACACCUUGCAGUGUUUGGACAUAACGGGUGAUGGUGUGUACGGCAGCAAGAAGAAAGAUGGCGAGGAUGAGGAGUGUAGGAAGGAAGAGAACAGGAGGACCAGAAGGAUCUUGCGGAGGAACUUCAUAUCGGACGUACUGAUAAUCUCAGAGACGCAGGUGCAGCUGGAGCCACAGGUGGUGAGCCCCAAGUCCAAAAAUGACGGUUCGAGCAGGGAAGAAGAAACGUGUCUCCCGGAGAAGAGUGCGACGAGAAGUGAAAUUGUGGCACAGGAAGAAAAUUUGGACGAUACAAUGCAGUCUGAUGAAUUGUCGAAACUGAACCCGGAAGAGUGCACGUGGGAUAUGAUGUUUGAUGACAACGGGGAAUGCCUCGACCCAAAAUUGAUGGAAGAGCUGACGAGAGCCGUGGGCUCGGUGACCAUCGAGAAGCCGCAGUCCGACUACCGCAACUACCAGAGCAGAUUGGAAAUGUUCAUGUCGGGCUCUGGGGACGAGUUCGCCCACGUGGUCGAGAUCUACAACUUCCCAGCAGAGUUCAAGACGGAAGACUUGCUGUCAGUUUUCUCGGCCUACAAGAAUGGUGGGUUCGAAAUCAAGUGGGUGGAUGACACUCAUGCGUUGGGUGUCUUCAGCAGCUCCCGCGUGGCCGCGGAGGUGCUGGCCCAGGAGCACCCGCUGGUGAAGACGCGACCGCUGAGCCAGGCGACCCACGAGUCGCGCUCCAAGGCCCGCCGCGCCGCGGAGUUCCUGCAGCCGUACCGCGCCAGGCCGGAGACGUGCGCGGCGCUGGCGCGGCGCCUCGUGACGGGCGCGCUGGGCGUGCGGCUGUGCACCUCGCGGGAGGAGCGCGAGGCGGAGCGUCUGCUGCUGCGCGAGGCGCGGGAGAAGAAGAGGCUGGCUGCGAAGCAGAGGGAGGCUGCUUGGGAAGGGACGUUCAGCGAGCACAACAAAACUGUCUGAAGCAUUGCCGAGCUGCCUGUCCUCAAGGUUCAUUGCGGUCGUCCAGCCAUAGGCACCGUACUGUUAUAAAAAAAAAAGAGAAAAA